AUGAAGGCCUUCUCUAGCUCUGUGAUCAACAAAUCGGGCAAGAAGUUUGCUCCUAAGGCACCCGUUCGGCGUGCGGGAGCUGCUCCUCCAGCUCCUGGCCCUGCCCGUGCCAGUGUUGAUCGCCAGACGACAUCUCAGACACCUCAGACCUCUCAGCCUGCUCAGCCUGCUCAGCCUGCAACAGACAAUGCGCCUGUUCCUACCCCGCCUGCCUCUGACGUGACAGACGCGCAAGCCGCUAUCACGUCCCAUCCUACCGCGGUCACUACUGAGACGCAUCCCCCAGAACCAGAACCAGCACCUGCAAAGCCAAUACCAACGCCGUCUCCAGCUGCUACCACCAUUCCAAUCCCUGCCCCUAAACGCAAGGCGUCUGUUUCUGCACCAGUACCAGUGCCAGCGCCAACACCAGCGCCAGCAUCCGCAGCUGUCCCCAUUGAACGUCCAUCUACCCACCGUUCUCCCCCCAAAGUCUCUAAUAAAACAGAUGCUGGAGCCAUUGGGAUACCAACACCCAUCAGCAAGCCAUCGUCCCUACAAACAUCCCUUGACGCUGCCACGCCAGUCGAGACACCUACAGCAGUGGUAGAUGAUUCAACGGAAGUGAGGCCGUCUAAGCGCCAAAAGACAUCGCAGACCGCAAUACCUACUCCUCGAGCUCGAAAGACGCCUUCGCAGGAGCCUCAGGCCGUUCCUGAGCCAGAGCCAACGCCUGUGCCUCUUCCCACUCCUCCAAAUACCCAGCCUAGUGCCCCAGAAUCCGAUAGAGAAACAAGAGGAGAUACAGCUGCCGUUCCCCCUUCGACUUCUAAGAGAGCGCCAAAGACAACAAGACCUCGAAAAAAGAGGAGGACAGAGGAUGGCGCAGCGGAUACGGAGACGCGAUCGACUCGAGAGAGACGACCGCGCCCGCGCAAGAAACGAGAGCCCACGCCAGAAGGCUCAGAAAUGAUUGAGAUUGCACCAGCUGUCGUGAAAAUGUCAGAUCUGUGUAAAGACCUCCGCACUGGAAAGAAGUCGAAACGUGAGAUGGAGCUCCAGAACCUGGAACUAGCUGAAGCGGAACGUAAGCAGAAGGAACGGGAGGAGAGAGAAACUACAGAGCCUGAACCGAUCAAAAAGAACGCGGAGAAUGGCUCACCGUCUGAAGGUCUCGACAAUAUGCCUAAGAAACAGGCUGGCCCGGUGAUGAGGAUUGUGAACGGGGAAAUUGUGCUGGAUGCGACUUCAUUGCAGGUCGACCGUCACGCUGAUGCCGCGAGGGAGGCAGGAGAGCUGGAGGAUGUUGUGGAAAAUCCUCUCACGAGGAAGAUCAACCAGGCAACCUAUGGAAAGCGCACAAAGACAGAAUCAUGGGAUGAAGAGAUGACGGAUCUGUUCUAUCGCGGACUGCGGAUGUUUGGUACCGAUUUCAUGAUGAUCAGCAAGCUAUUCCCGGGGAGGUCGAGGCGACAGAUCAAGCUCAAGUUCAACAACGAGGAACGAAAACAUCCUGAGCGGAUCAAGGAGACACUGUUGGGACCGAGUGAGACCAUCGAUAUUGCAACCUACUCUGAAAUGACCAAUACUGUCUAUGAUGAUCCCCGAGCGAUCGAACGGGAACUUGAUGAGGAAAAGAAAAAAAUCGAGGAUCAGCAUGCGAAAGAGAAACAGGCCCAGGAGGAGCUAUUGCGCAAUCCGACUGGAGCAGCUGACCCUGGACAGGAGAAGGGCAACGGCCAGAAACCCAAAAGGAAGAAGACUGCUGUUGCCAAAGCUCUCGAUGGUGGAACGGAGGAGGUCCUCGGAUCGAUUGAUGACUUUCCUAUGCAUACCUAG